ACGCUGCUGCGCUCAGUGCGGAAGUUGUGUCAUCCAGCAGGAGGAGAGGAAGGAGAGGCGCCGCUUCGUCUCAACUUUGCGUCUGAACGCCGCAGCAGCAGCAGCAGCCGCCCGGAGAGGAAGAAGCUCCGGCUCCUCAGGAACAUCCGCCUCCCGCCGUCAGGAGCAGCUCCGCCGCUAAUUCGAGGGCGAUGGCGCGGCCCAGCCACAGCGAUCACGUCCUCCAGCAGCUCAACAACCAGCGGGAGUGGGGCUUCCUGUGCGACUGCCUCAUCGCCAUCGGGGACAUCUACUUCAGGGCCCACAAGGCCGUGCUGGCAGCCUGCAGCUCCUACUUCAGGAUGAUGUUCAUCCGCGACCAGCAGGGGGCGGGGCAACUGGACCUCAGCAACAUGCAGAUCAGCGCCGAGUGCUUCGACCUGAUCCUGCAGCUCAUGUAUCUGGGCCGCAUCGUGGUCGGCAGCUACGAGUUCGAGGAGCUCAAGUCUUCCAUGUCCUACCUGCAGAUGUACUACAUCCCCGACUCUCUGGAGGACCUCAGGGACAUCCGCAGCUCCAACCUCACCCCCUCCUCUUCCUCCUCCUCAUCCUCCUCAUCCUCCGCCAGCCUCUCUGGGGGGAAGAUGAUGUUCGGGGUUCGGAUGUACGAGCAGCAGAGGCCCACGCCGCCAGAGGCAGUCCCUGCAGCAGCCAGCAGACCCGUGGCGGCAGAGGAGGCGGUCGGCGCUCCUUUGGUCGGGGCUCCGACCACUGCAGACGGAGCCUCUGAGCAGCCGUGCGACCUGAGGAAGAGGCCCGGCGGCAGGAGUUCUACCUUCAAAGACCGGCCCAGGUUCGGCCGCACCUACACCUGCGACGACUGCGGCUUCGUCUUCAGCUGCGAGAAGCUUCUGAUCGAGCACAUCCUGACCUGCACCAACAGGAAGGCGUAUCAUCCGCCCAGAGGCAGCACCGAUGGCGACGCCAGCUCCAGCAAAGCCGAGAGCUCCGCCUCCGAGAGCGCCGAAGACCACAGAGUAUCUGCAAAGGGGGAGGACGACUGGGCCAACGGCCACGCCGACCCCGAGCUCCCCGCCGGGUCGGAGGCGGCGGCGACUGACGGCGAGCCCGGCUCCACCAGGGGCAUCAAAACAGAACCAGAAGGAAGCCCGUUCCCUGACGGCGAGAUGGUCCAGGUGGGCGAGCAGGGGGCCAGACAUCGGAGUGCCGCCACCCGCAAAGACCCUCUCCGGGAGCGCAUGGCGCCGAUCCACGGCUCGGAGAACCGCAGCGAGUCGGCCGAGGUUCAUCUGCCGAGCAGCAGCGAUGCCGGGAUCCCGUCGAAGCUGAGGAAGGUCAAAGAUGAGAAGCAGGAGGCAGACUCCGCCCCCUGCGAACUCUGCGGUGCCCUCCUCAGCGAGGAGGACCGCUCCGCCCACUACCUGUCCAGCCACAUGGGCCACAUCUGCGCCUGCGGCCGCUGCGGCCAAGUGCUGAUCAAAGGUCGGCAGCUGCAGGAACACGCCGAGCGCUGCGGCGAGUCCCACGGCGGCGAGUCCGACUCCCACGGCGAGGACGAGGCCUCGCUGCUGGGGGAGCCCCAGGGGAUGGAGGAGGGUCUGAUGGACGCCGCCGACCUGGCCUGCCCUCACUGCGGCCUGCUGUUCCAGAACGAGAGCCUGGCGCUGGAGCACGCGCUGUCCUGCCACGAACAGGACCUGUUCCGGCCGGCGGCGCUGGAGGACGGCGGCGAGCCGGACCACCGCCGCAAACACUUCUGCAGCAUCUGCGGCAAAGGCUUCUACCAACGCUGCCACCUGCGGGAGCACUACACCGUCCACACCAAGGAGAAACAGUUCACCUGCCAGACCUGCGGGAAGCAGUUCCUGAGGGAGCGCCAGCUACGGCUGCACACCGACAUGCACCGCGGCAUGGCGCGAUACGUCUGCCCCGUCUGCGACCAGGGCACCUUCCUCAAGCACGACCACGUGCGUCACAUGAUCUCCCACCUGUCGGCCGGGGAGACCAUCUGCCAGGUGUGCUUCCAGAUCUUCCCGGGCGGCGAGCAGCUGGAGAAGCACAUGGACGUCCACCUGUACAUCUGCGGCGUCUGCGGCGAGAAGUUCCGGCUCCGCAAAGACAUGAGGAGCCAUUACAACUCCAGGCACACCAAGAGACUCUAGAGGUUCUGCUGGGUCCUAAAGCCAUACAGUUAAGAACCAACCUGUCACCAUAGAAACGCCUCGGCUGCAGGGAUCCAUCCCGCUUUAGUCCGGGUAGAACCGGGUCAGAACAGGGAUCGGAUCGGAACCUAGACGGGUUCUAAGAUCUCUCAGCCAGAACGGUUCUGAUUGCUCCACCUGUGAUGUCACUUCCUGUUCCAGAAUACUAAAGGCUGUUUGGGUGUCGGGUCUGGAUCCUGCAGGUCCGUUUCUCUGGUUCUGGUUCUCCUUCUCCAGUCUGUGCCUUUGCUAUAGUCUAAAAACACUAGAGCCAAGCAGAACCCGUCCCAGCACCCAACCGGUUCUGCUCCUUUGGAUCGGUCCGGACCAUUUCAUUCCUCCACCAUCAGAACCAGAAACAGGCGGUUCCUUUGGCCCAGAGUUUCAGGUCCAACAGAGGUGGGACCCGAUUGGACCGGUUCUGGGCAUCAGAAUCCGGGUUCUUUGAGGGGCCGACCCGUUCCCAGGGUCCGAAUCGCUCAUCAGAUGCAGAGACCAAGCAGAACCAGCUGGUUCCGGUUCUGCAGAGGAGGUCCCGGGGGCCCGGUUCUGAACUUCCAUCAGCAGAUUAUGUUCCUAAAAAGUUCUGGUUCUGACCCGCAUUACCUUAAAUGACCCCCCCUUCAGGGAAAUAAGUUUCUUUGAUUUUAUGAUGAAAAAAAGUUCAGAUCCAUUUCCAGGUUCUGGUUCCGAACAGAACCGACCCCAGUGCCCCGCCCAUCAGAGCAGAGCUGAUUUAGCUGUUGGACCGGUACCGACCCUAAUCAUUCCUGCAUCAGAACCAUUAGAUGAAUAACGGAACCAUUUUCUCCUGGUUCCAUUCAGGUCAGAUUGGACCUAAAUGGCUGUCGGUACCAUCAGGUGAGCUGGGUCUGCCUGUUCUGGUUCUGAAGGGGAGUUCAAUGAACCCGGGUUAGAACCUGGAGCGGUUAGUGGGGUUCUGAAAACUUGUUUUUCAUUUCUGGAUCAUCAGAACCUCCAGAGAAAUUCAUUUCAGCUUUAAAUCAAACUAGUUUCCAGAACCAGUUUGCCAGUUUCUGUUCUCCAGUAGAAACCGGUCCAAUCUGCUUCCAGAACCUUUGUGGUUCUGUCUGCUGAUCAAAGCCCAGCUUUGGUUCUGAAGGCUUUGAGCUGCUCCUCAUCAUACUGGCCUCAAAGGUUCUGUUCAUCAGUCGGUUAAUGAAUGGGAAGGUUUCUGCUUGUGGAUCGGACCUGGUUCUGGUUCUGGUUGAUCCAUUUCAGUCUUUCUGCUAAAUGUGUUUAUUAUUGAAUGUUUAUUUAAAAUAAAUCAGAUAUUUGAUGAGAA